AGAACUCUUAAAAGUUUUGAGAGUUAAAUUUCCUAUUUAUGUCUUCUUGCUCGCACUCCUUCUCUUUUUAGUACUGCCUCAUAUGGACACCAAUUCUAAGUUCUCACUUCACAUAUUGACACAACUACCGUAUCCUUAAAAAACUGCUCUUUCUAUAUGGCACCCUUUUUCUCCAAGUUCAAGCUUCAAUCAAGAAAACUCACUCUUGUCCUCAACUUGUGUUUCAUCAUUCUCCUCUUUCUUCUUCUAAAUGAUUAUCUUCACCCUUAUAACCCAAACUUUCAAGGCCAUUCUAAUGCCCCUCUUACAAUCUUCAACCGUGCAAGGUUGCUUAGAGAUAUUAGUGUUGAAGGCUGCACCAACCUACACAAUUAUUCAGAUUAUAGCUCUAAGUGCUUAUAUGUGAAAAACCAUCUUGAUUGCAGGUCAAAAGGGUACAUAAAUUAUCUUCAAAUAUUCUAUUGUAAUCUAGGAAAAUAUCCAAUUUCGGGACAGGUCCUUCUUGCCUUAUGGCUUGUGGUGUUGUUCUACCUAUUGGGUGACACAGCUUCAAACUACUUUUGCAACUCCUUGGAAGGUUUGUCCAGCAUCUUGAGGCUCUCUCCCACCAUUGCUGGAGUGACCCUUUUGUCUUUGGGAAAUGGGGCUCCUGAUUUUUUUGCUAGUGUUGUUUCUUUCACUGGAUCAUCCAACAAUGGUGCUGUUGGACUCAACAGCAUUUUGGGAGGGUCUUUCUUUGUGUCUUGUGCUGUCUUGGGGAUUAUAAGCAUUCUUGUUAGCCAAGACCAAUUUGCAGUUAAUAAAGUUAGUUUCAUUAGGGACACCCUUUUCUUCCUUUUCUCUCUUCUCAUCCUCCUUGUCAUCAUUUACAUUGGUACAAUUAACUUGUUGGGUUCAGUCUGCUAUGUUUGUAUCUACUUUCUUUAUGUGUGUGCUGUCUCUGCCACACACCUUAUCUAUGGAGAGGGCAAAAAUGAAAGGGGAUACUCAGUGUCUUCUGAUGAGUUACUAGAGACUAGCAUACCUUUGUUGGGGUGUGUUGAUGAUGAGAAGCAAAGUUUGGCAGAGAUAGUGAUUGUUGAAGAUAAGGAGGAAAAGCCAGAGAAUUUUGGUAAUAAUUCAUUAUUUGAUUGUGUUAGCUUGGGGAAGUUUGUACAAGUACUAGAUUUACCUCUUUGCUUACCAAGAAAGCUUACAAUACCAGUGGUGAGUGAGGAUAAAUGGUCAAAACCAUAUGCAGUUAUAUCUGUCACAUUAGCACCAGUUUUAUUAGCUGUUCUUUUCAAUACUCAAAGGGAAAAUGUAAGUUCAAGAAGCAAUGUAGUUAUCUACAUAAUAGCUGCUUUGAUUGGGAUAGUUUUGGGCAACAUGGCAUGCGUGACAACUGAGAGGUGUAGCCCGCCAAGAAAGUCUUUGUUUCCAUGGCUGGCAGGGGGUUUUGUAAUGAGUGUAACAUGGACUUAUAUAAUUGCUGAGGAGUUGGUUUCCCUCUUGGUUUCAAUAGGGAACAUCAUUGGUAUUAGUCCUUCAAUCCUUGGGUUAACUGUGCUAGCUUGGGGUAACUCACUUGGGGAUUUGAUAGCCAAUGGUGCCAUGGCUUUGAAUGGUGGGUCAGAUGGUGUCCAAAUGGCUAUAUCAGGGUGUUAUGCAGGUCCUAUGUUUAAUACUUUGAUGGGUUUGGGCUUGCCUCUUGUUCUCUCAGCAUGGUCUGAACAUCCAGACUCUUAUGUUAUUCCUAAGGAUCCUUCACUCUACGAAACAAUUUUGUUCUUGAUGGCUGGGGUGCUUUUGGCCCUCGUCAUAUUGCCAAAGAAGAAUAUGAGGCUGGAUAAAUCCUUAGGAGCAGCACUCUUGAGUGUAUACCUAUGCUUUUUGUUUAUAAGGUUAGCUAUGGCUAUUGGUGUUGUCAAAUUCUAAAGAUGU